GCUCCGCCUUUCCAUUCCUCGGUGUAUUCUAGCGGUGUAGUGGCAACAAGCGUUGGCAAUGGUGGGGAGGUAGUGCAUAGCGGGGCUCUGUUUCUCCAUUUUCGGGCGGCCGAGCGGAGCCCGCAGUUUCGAGGAGGGCCAUGGCGGCCUUGGAGAUUCUGAAGCUGCGCGACAGCGGGCGCCUGACGCUCGGGCUGCUGGUCAACCUUAUGGCCUCCAUCUGCAUCGUCUUGGUCAACAAGUGGAUCUACGUGGAGUACGGCUUCCCCAACAUGAGCCUAACCCUGGUGCACUUCGUCAUGACCGGCGUGGGCCUGUGGCUCUGCCAGGCGCUCGGCGUCUUCUACCCCAAGAGCCUGCGGCCCAGCCGGAUCCUGCUGCUGGCGCUCAGUUUCUGCGGCUUUGUUGUCUUUACCAACCUGUCCCUGCAGAACAACACCAUCGGCACCUACCAGCUGGCCAAGGCCAUGACCACACCGGUCAUUAUAGGCAUCCAGACCUUCUACUACAAGAAGACUUUCUCCACCAGGAUAAAACUGACAUUGAUCCCUAUUACGUUGGGUGUAGUUCUCAACUCUUACUUUGAUGUGCAGUUUAAUUUUCUAGGAAUACUUUUUGCAACUCUUGGUGUUUUGGUUACCUCUCUAUAUCAAGUGUGGGUAGGAGCCAAGCAACAUGAACUACAGGUGAAUUCUAUGCAGCUCCUAUACUACCAGGCUCCAAUGUCCUCUGCCAUCCUGAUGUUUGUUGUUCCUUUUUUUGAGCCAGUGAUUGGAGAGGGAGGAAUUUUUGGAAAAUGGUCUGGUACAGCGGUGAUGAUGGUAUUGCUUUCUGGAAUAAUUGCCUUCCUUGUAAAUUUGUCCAUUUACUGGAUCAUUGGAAAUACCUCACCUGUUACAUAUAAUAUGUUUGGACAUUUCAAGUUCUGUAUCACCCUUCUAGGAGGAUAUGUUUUAUUUAAGGAUCCUCUUUCAGUUCAUCAAUGUUUGGGAAUUCUGUGUACAUUGUGUGGCAUUUUAUGUUACACCCAUUUCAAACUUAGUGAACAAGAAGAAGAAAAGAGCAAAUUGGCACAAAGGCCAUAAGAAACCUUUUCUAGGAUAUCACUGAUAAGGUGGAAGAAUUGGCAGUUAAAUACAGCAAUUUCAAUCACAUGAAUGAAUUUGCUUUUUAUUACAAUUUGUCAGUUUUCAUGUGCCAUUAUUGUAUUUGAGCAUUGCCUAUUUUUAAGAAUAAUGUUUACUGAAAAACUGUUUAUCUGAAUAAACUGGACCUGCUGCAGGAUGUCUUUAGAUUUACAGAAAUUUUCGGCACAAUUGUGCCCACAACAAACAAAAUUAGAGCUACGCUCACCACACGCUGGGGGAACUCAGCAGGUUGGGCAUCAUCCAUGGAAACGGUCAGUCAACGUUUCCACGGAUGCUGCCCGACAUGCUGAGUUCCGCCAGCGUGUGGUGAGUGUCGCUCUGACCCCAGCAUCUGCAGAGUAUUUUGUGUUCAAAAUUAGAGCUAUUUAGUUUAUAGUCCUGAUUUUCAGCUCCUCUGCAAUCUUGCCAAGUAGAUCUCUUUGAAUGCUCAAACAGGUACAUUUCAUACGUGAUAUGGGUUUCUGCAUCCAUUUCAGGUUGAGAGAUUCAUACUUCACCAUUUUCCUUAAUUCCCUCUACUAAUCCUGCUAGUUUACUAAACCAAGUCCUCAGGUUAUCAACUUCUUUGUCAAGAUAAAUGUGUCCUUCCUCUUCACCUUGUCCAGGCCUCUUAAAAUUUAUAUCCACCCAAUAAACCCAUAAUUUUCAAUCUCUGUGCCUAAUGUUUACUAUAGUUGGCUGAGCAGAGCUAAACUUGGUACUCUGGCUGUGACGUAACAAAUGUUUUAUGCGGUUCCACAGUAGGUUCUCUUUGGAAGUAUGUUACUAAUGCUUUUAAAGGACUUGCAUUGCAUCUGUGAAGUUCCUGACUGAAUUUCUUCUAAAUCCAAUGUAUAUAAAAAAGAUUUGUUUAAUCAUGUAUUUUCUGAUAAGGGGUAUUUGCAAUUUACCAUUUAAUAUUUUCAAACAUCUGAAACAUAUUUUGAAUAUCUAAAAUGCCGCACAUUUUAUCAGUGCUGAUUGACAGCAGGUAAAUAAAUCUGAUUGAUGUCCAUAUUGGAAUAGAUGGCCACCCCAUAAAACAUAGGAGCAGAAUUAAGCUAUCUGGCUUAUUGAGUGUGCUCUGCCAUUACAUCAUGACUGACUUAUUAACCUUCUUAAUCCCAUUCUCUUGCCUUCUCCCUGUAACUUUUGUGCCCUGAUUAAUCAAGAACCUAUUAACCUCCAUAUUUCAUAUGUCCAAUGACUUGGCUUAUACAGCCAUCUCUGGCAAUGAAUUCCACAGGUUCACCACCUUCUGGGUAAAGAAAUAUUUCCUCAUCUCUGUUCCAAAUGGAUGUCCCUCGAUUAUGAGGCUGUGCCUUCUGGUCCUAGACUUCCUUAUACUCAGAUCUUAACCAUUUCAUUCCUGGAAUAAUUCUCAUGAACCUCCUCUGGACCCUCUCCAAUGCCAGCACAUCUUUUCUUAGAUAGGGGCUCAGAACUGUUCACAGUACUCUAGUGUGGUCUGAUCAAUGUCCUAUAAAGCCUUGGCAUUACAUCUUAGAUUUUGUACUCUCGUCCUCUCCAAUAAAUGCCACCACCAGCAACUCAACCUGCAAGUUAACCUUCAGGGAAUCCUACAGAAGAACUCCCAAGUCCCUUUGCACCUCUGAUUUUUGAAUUUUCUCCCCAAGUAAAAACCUGUAAAAAUAGAAUCUCUGUUGUAUUUUGGGGUGACAUACACGGUGCAUCCUUUUAAAUUACAUUCAUCAGUCUGACAGCAGCAAGCAAUUAAUCAUUGGAAUCUUAAUAUUUAUUACAAUUAUGCACUAAUGGAAAAGUACAAAUGUUUGUAUAAUUUAUACAAAAUAGAAUUUAAUCCAGUCCAUUAUAUUUUAACUAAAAUUAUUUGAAAGGGAAGUACUUUUGACCUCCAAAAAGAUCUGAUUGAAACUGACAUUAGAAGUUUUCAGCUAUUUAGCCAAACUAAACAAAGCUACUAAGUAAUAUUUGGAGUUGUUUGGUUUGAUUACACCAGCUGAUUCAUGUACUAUUCCAGGUUAGAAGCAAAGUUCUUCAGUUUUAUUUUAAGCAAAAAUUACAUCACUAUAAUUCAUAGGCCAAGCAUCCAAGAGUGUACUGUCUGUUUACUUUGUUUAUACUGCCUAUUUAUUAGUUUCAAUGGAAAAAUAUUGAAUAGUAUGUAAAUAUCCUCUUCUGUUUCUUUCUAAUGUGCUAAGGUGAUUAAACACAAAACAGCAGAAAACAUUGCACACAAAUUUACAAAAAGUGAUACAAGUGUUUUUGAUAUUCCAGAAACAAGGUCUAAUCACUAGCAUCUUGCCAUUUUCCAUAUAUGCUAUAGGUACAUUAAUAAUGAAACUGAAUUUUAUUUUGUUAAUUUCUACAACUUUAAUAAUAAAACAGUCCAAAACAUUUUCUAUCAGCACUCCGUACUGCUGAUGUGAUAACCCAAGGGAACAAAUGCAUUUUUGUUUAAAAGUAAAGCUAGUGUGUGAAACUUGACUCUUUGUAUAGUUUACUGUGAUACAGGUUUAAAAAUAUGGGCUCCAAGCCUGUGAUGUUUACAGUAUCAAUAAAGUAUUAUAUUCAUGUAAAGUGAUCUGUUUUUUUUAUUAUAACUUAGUUCUGUCCACCUCACCAAUUUUUUUUCCGAAGCUCUCAUGUACAAGUGUUACAUUACUGUAUAUCUGAAUAAGUAUAACUACUUGCAUGAAAAAACUGAAAUAACCUUGAAAUAACUGCUAAAUUGAAUCUGAU